CAAACCUGCACUUGCUUUUGCAAAUCCAGUCUCGCUAUAAACUCCCAUUUAUCAUGAAGGUCUCUAUGCUCCUGGCAUUUGCUGGCCUUGGUGUUGCGGCACCAGCUGUCGUCACUGAGACUGUCUCCGAGAGCGCUAUCGAGACUGGCGCCAUCCACAGCGUUCCUGGGCUUACGCCUGAGAGACCUCUUCCUGCGUCUAAUUCACCCACUGAGACCCUUGACGAAGAUCUUGAGUGGUUUCAGGAUAACACAUACUAUUCCCGCUAUGCUGAUAAGGCGAAGAUCGCACCCUAUCCGUAUGAGCUUGUAGUCGAGGACUACAACAUGACUGCCAUCCACCAGACCAUUGCUACCCACAUCCAGGACGAGUACGAUGUAUCUGUGUGCGCUACUCACUGCAAUGAGCACCGCGCGUGUGACGCGUUCGCCAUCUACAUUGAGCGUGAGCCGUCCUGCGCCAACUGCACAGACCCUGAGGUCGUUGAAGCGUAUAAGUGCGACCUCUACAACACCGCUCUCCAGCUCCCCGAUAUCAGGAAGGAGAUUGAGCAGCAGCAGAUCCAGGGCCAGACAAUCACCCGUGCUGUCCGUGCCUACAACGGCUACAACAGGAUCCCGAAGGCCGUCUUCAAGACUGCUACCCGCACUGUCACCGUCGGCGGAAGUGGUUCGAUUGAGUACAGGACCCGCACUGUCACCACUACAGUCCGCAACAGCAGUUUCACUUCGACCAAGCCUAGUACUACUGCUACAGCGACCAGGACCUCCACCAAGAGCGGCUCUGGAUCCCUUACUACUGUCACCAAGACAUCGACUAAGUCUACCGCCACUGUCACCAAAACUUCCACCGAGAGCAAGUCGGCGAAGCCUACAACUAGCUCUGGAUCCCUUACUACUGUCACCAAGACAUCGACUAAGUCUACCGCCACUGUCACCAAAACUUCCACCGAGAGCAAGUCGGCGAAGCCUACAACUGGCUCUGGAUCCCUUACUACUGUCACCAAGACAUCGACAAAGUCUACCGCCACUGUCACCAAAACUUCCACUGAGAGCAAGUCGGCCAAGCCUACAACUGUAACAAAGACUUCGACCAUGUCGACCACCACCGUGACUGAGACCCGCACAAAGCCCACCACCAAGACUAGCACUGCCAAGGCUUCGAACGUCAAGACCACAACCGCCUCGCCAUCGAUAAAGAUCGAAACUGCUACGUUCACACGUACUAAGGUCGUUGAACCUGUAACCGUCACCACGACACACCACCACACUGUCGUCAUCUCUGCGACUGUAGGAGCUGGUGUGAAGAAUAGUGCGAAGGUAUAGAGCCCCUGCCGCAAAUCAGGGUAUGAAGAAGAGGACGGAAUGAUUCAGCCAAAGAAGGUCCAAGUCUGACGUCGUGUAACGGUGCAAGGCGUUCAAAGGUUUGGAACCCUUCAUGGGUUUUGACAAACACAGUCGGAGGGGGCAUGGGGCACGAACAUUACACAGCUAAAGAAAAGGAGGCCUAA